CAAGAGUGUGCCCCACCUCGAUGAUUCCACUUCGGGGAUGUGGGUCCUCUUGAGACAACGGCACACAGCGCCUGAGUGGGUGGUUGACAAGACAACUGGACUGCUGCUGCUGUCAAGCUUCAACCUCUCUCAUUGCAGCUGCUCUUGUCGCUGGCUAGCUGACGGCAGCGCAAGAGCCAAAAUGUUGUUCUUCAGCUUCUUUAAGACGCUCAUCGACCACGAGGUCACGGUCGAGCUCAAGAACGACAUCCAGAUCCGCGGCGUCCUCAAGAGCGUCGACCAGUACCUCAACAUCAAGCUCGACAACAUCCAGGUUAUGGAGGAGCUCAAGUAUCCGCACAUGAGCGCGGUCAAGAACGUCUUCAUCCGCGGCUCGGUCGUGCGCUACGUCCAUCUGCCGGCGGCGGCGGUGGAUAUCCCGCUUCUGGAGGACGCGACGAGGAGAGAAGCUGCGAACCAGGCGGGUAAGGGUAAAUGAGGGCGCAGUGGAGAUGAAGGUUCGGGGUGGGUGAGCGAGAGACAUGAGGCUUGCCGCAACUACGUAGAACUUACUGGUCUGGGGUGGAGCGAAGCUGCGC